AUGGUCAGCUCCUGUUGUGGCUCUGUCUGCUCUGAGGAGGGCUGUGGCCAAGGCUGCUGCCAGCCCAGCUGCUGCCAGACCACCUGCUGUAGGACCACCUGCUGCCGCCCUAGCUGCUGUCGCCCCAGCUGCUGUGUGUCCAGCUGCUGCAGGCCCCAGUGCUGCCAGUCUGUGUGCUGCCAGCCUACCUGCUGCCGCCCCAGCUGCUGCAUUUCUAGCUGCUGCAGGCCUUCCUGCUGCCGCCCUAGCUGCUGUGUGUCCAGUUGCUGCAGGCCCUCUUGCUGCAUCUCCAGUUGCUGCCGCCCCUGCUGUGCUAGUUCUAGCUGUUGUGGAUCCAGUUGCUGCCGCCCCACUUGUUGCAUUUCCAGCUGCUGCAGGCCUUCUUGCUGUCGCCCCAGCUGCUGUGUUUCCAGCUGCUGCAGGCCCCAGUGCUGCCAGUCUGUCUGCUGCCGCCCCAGCUGCUGUGUGUCCAGCUGUUGUAGACCUCAGUGCUGCAUCUCUAGCUGUUGCCGCCCCACCUGCUGCCAGACCACCUGCUGCAGAACCACUUGUUGCCGCCCAGCAUGCUCCAGUGUUUCUUGCUGCUGA